UUUAUUUGGUUUAAAUCCGAGUGCUCGUUAUGAAGAUAUUAUGUUCUAAGUCUAAAAAAGAAGUCAAACCUAUUCAGUUGAGCGGCACUGGUUUUUUUGUCUAAACAACUUGCCCGCCAGCAAGAUACUGACGGCGUCUUUAUUUUCAAUUUAACUCAUUACAUAGCAACCUUUUUUAAAUUUAAAUGGCAACAGAAGUUAUAAAUUUGUUGGCAAAAACAUAUUGCAGCCCUAUUACAUUUAACAGCAUGUCAGUAUUUUGUUAUUUGCUAACAUUUAAAUUUAUUGACAGCUCAACUAUCAUGUGGCAACUUAUCGGCUAAACGCGUUUUUGGUAUUUUUUCUAUUUAUAUCGAUGGUUGGCAACUCACUAUUAAUGAACAUUUCCGCUUCCCAGGUCUGGCGCAAAUGUUACGAAUUCGGGAGCAUCACGGGCAUCUUCCAAACCGCUUGCUCAUCAUGGUCAGUAUUGCCGUCGCGGGAACUAUGUUUUUAUGCCCCAUAAUUUAGUAGGAGAGGCAUCUCUCGAAGGCUACGCAUCACGUUCGGCCUGCAUGCACGCUUUAUUGGGCGGCCGCAGCUGUACGAUAUUUCAACUCCAUAGGAUUGGAUGGCCUGAAUGCCACGGAGGCGAUAACAGCAUGCUGGAUGGAGCCCACUCAGAGCUGUUGGGCCAUUGUAUACCCCGCUUGGUUGGGCGAUGCCGAUGCCGUCGCUCACCCCAGAUUUAGUACAUGGCUCAUGGACCGUCUGGGCGUAUUAUCUUCUUGAGUUGGAUAGCCUGGAUAACAGGCCGGAGACGAUACAGAAAUGCUGGAUGGAGCCCUCUCAGAGCUGCCGAGCUAUUAUCGACUCAAAGCCGUCGCUCAUUCCAAGUUAAGCACAUCAUACGGCAGGCCGUCGUGGAGCACCACGUGGAAGCGUCGUGGAUUGGAGCAUCUGGCAGCGCCUCUCAAACGCCAUACCAUUUGCAGGUCAGCUGGCUCAAGCGGUCGCAAAAACGCAUCAUGUCGGCUUCUCAGUGUUGGAUGGCCUGAUUAACAGGCCAAAGGCCAUACAGGAUGCUGGAUGGAGCCCACUACAGUGCCCAGAUUCAGUAGGUGGCUCAGUAAACCGUCUGAGCGUAUCGUAUUCUUG